CGCGGGAGUGGCGGCCGCCGCCGGGGCGGCAUAGCGCGGCGGGGCGAGGGGAAGGCCGCGGGGAGGCGGCGGCGGCGGCGGCCUCCUCCCGCCAGGCCUGGGUCGGUCCGCCGCCGCCGCCGCUGGGCCGAUGCGCCCGGAGCGCCCGCCAUGGACAAGAUCCUGGAGGGGCUGGUGAGCUCGUCCCACCCGCUGCCGCUGAAGCGGGUGAUCGUGCGGCGGGUGGUGGAGUCGGCGGAGACGCCGCUGAGCCAGGCGCAGUGCCGCGCCAUGUUCGUCCUCAGCACCCGGCUGGUGCUGCAGGGCCCCGACCCCUUCCAGCGGCAGGUGGGCCGGCAGGUGCUGGAGGCCUACGGCCGCUACCACCGCGACGAGUUCGAGGCCUUCUUCAACCGUGGGCUCGUCCUCGGCCUCCUGCAGCGCGGCUACGGCGAGCUGAGCAGCCGCGACCCCGCCAUCCUCGACUACAUCCAGGCGGGGCUGCGCCUCAUCAUGAGCUGCCCCUCGGUGCUGGAGCUCUUCGAGCUGCUGCAGGUGGAGGCCCUGCGGCUGGUGUGCGAGCGGCCGGCGCCGCCGCUCUGCGCCCGCCUGUGCCAGCUGCUGGGCGACUUCCCGCAGUGCCUGCCCCGCGGCAGGAAGCUCUCCCUCGCCUUCUGCCAGCAGCUGGUCCGCAGCAUCGCCCACUUCCAGAGCCAGGGCAGCCGGGAGGCCGAGCUGCGCCUCUACGUCUCGCAGGUGACCCAGGUCAGCGGGCUGCUGCGGAGCGUCUGGAAGGCCGAGCCCGACACGCUGCUGCCAUCUCUGCAGGAGCUCUUUGCCGUUAUCUCCGCCGCCGAUACUUCCUUCGAACCUUCUGUUGCACUGGCAAGUCUUGUGCAGCAUAUCCCAUUACAGAUGAUUACAGUACUCAUCAGGAGCCUUACUACAGAUCCAAAUGUGAAAGAUGCAAGUAUGACCCAAGCUCUGUGCAGAAUGAUAGACUGGUUGUCCUGGCCUCUGGCUCAGCAUGUGGAAACAUGGGUGAUUGCACUGCUGAAGGGACUGGCCGCAGUCCAGAAGUUUACCAUCCUCAUUGAUGUCACUCUGCUUAAGAUUGAAUUGGUCUUUAAUCGACUUUGGUUUCCUCUAGUGAGGCCUGGUGCCCUUGCUGUCCUUUCUCACAUGUUGCUUAGUUUUCAGCAUUCUCCAGAAGCUUUUCAUUUGAUUGUCCCACAUGUGGUCAGUUUGGUUCAGUCCUUCAAAAGAGAUGGCUUACCUUCCAGUACAGCCUUCUUGAUGCAGCUAACAGAGUUGAUACACUGUAUGAUGUAUCAUUAUUCAGGAUUUCCAGAGCUCUAUGAACCCAUUCUGGAAGCUAUUAAGGAUAUGCCCAAACCCAGUGAAGAGAAAAUUAAGUUGAUUCUCAGUCAGAGUGCCUGGACUUCUCAAUCCAGUUCUUUGCCAUCUUGUCUAUCUAGACUUUCUGGAAAGUCUGAAACGGGGAAGACAGGUCUAAUUAAUUUAGGAAAUACUUGCUACAUGAACAGCGUUAUUCAGGCACUUUUUAUGGCUACAGAUUUUAGAAGACAUGUUUUAUCUCUAAAUCUAAAUGGGUGUAAUUCACUAAUGAGAAAAUUACAGCAUCUUUUUGCAUUUUUGGCCCAUACCCAGAGGGAAGCAUAUGCUCCUAGAAUUUUCUUUGAGGCCUCCAGACCACCGUGGUUCACCCCUCGAUCCCAGCAGGAUUGCUCGGAAUAUCUCAGAUUCCUGCUAGACAGGCUGCAUGAAGAAGAGAGAACCUUGAAAGCGUUGUCUUCAACAAAGACUUCUGAAGGUACAACAAAUGAAGAGUCCCAGACACAAGAAGCUGUCCAUAAAGCACAGGUAUUUGCAGAAGCACCUUGUGUGGGAAGUGAAGAAAGAACUCUGAUAGAGAAGAUGUUUGGAGGAAAAUUGAAGACUACUAUAUGCUGUUUGAACUGCAAAAGUACAUCUCAAAAGGAAGAAGCUUUUACAGAUCUUUCUCUGGCUUUCUGCCCUCCAACUUCCUUGGAGAACGUUGACCCAAAAUGUGUGGAACGUUCUGAAGUGAAAGAUGACUACAUGGUGCAAACUAACACUACAGCAACUAGUCCUGCUGGAGAAACACCUCUCAAUAAUUUGGAAGCAAAUGGUGGACAUGACACAGUAAUGAAUGAAGGAACUAUAAAAGAUUUUUCUACUGAGCCAGACUCUGAGAAUACCACAAAUUCAGAACUCAACAAAGUUCAAGAUAAUGGGGAUAUGUCUCAGAGGCUAGUAGGUAAAAACACUCCAUCAGUUACAGACUUACUGAAUUAUUUUCUGGCACCUGAGAUCCUCAGUGGAGACAAUAAGUAUUAUUGUGAAAAGUGUGCCUCUCUACAGAAUGCUGAGAAAACUAUGCAAAUCAUUGAGGAACCUGAAUACCUCAUUCUCACUCUUUUGAGAUUUUCUUAUGAUCCUAAGUGUCAUAUAAGGCGCAAAAUCCUGGACAAUGUGUCUCUGCCACUGGUUUUGGAACUGCCAGUCAAAAGAGCAACAUGCCCUCUGGCUGUGGUUUCCGGCAGUUGGUCUGUUGGUGUUGAGAUUUCUGAUAUUGGAGAAAAUCUUGCUAAAAAACUGAAGCCAUCAGGUGCUGAUGAAGUGACCUGCCCACAACUAGUGCCCUACACGUUAAGCUCUGUGGUGGUGCAUUCUGGUGUAUCCUCUGAAAGCGGACAUUAUUAUUCAUAUGCUAGAAAUGUUACUGGGUCAGGGCCGUCAGGACUCUGCCACCAGUCUACAGCUCUUUCUUUAGUUUCUCCUCAGGCUAAGCUGCUGACAGAGGAGAGUCCUUGUACUGUUUUAGAAAAUGAGUUGGACCCUGAAAUGCCAAGAGAAUGGUUUCUGUUCAAUGACAGCAGAGUGACAUUUACCUCAUUUCAGUCAGUCCAGAAAAUUACCAGUAGAUUUCCAAAGGACACUGCUUAUGUUCUGUUUUACAAAAAACAGAAUAGCACCAGUGGCUUCAGCACCAAUUCAGCAAAUGGACUCUGGGUAAAUGGAGACCCUCCCCUACAAAAAGACCUCAUGGAUGCAAUUACAAAAGAUAACAAACUGUACUUGCAGGAGCAGGAGCUUAGUGCUCGAACACAAGCACUUCAAGCUGCCUCAGCCUCGUGCUCUUUCCGACCCAAUGGAUUUGAUGACAAUGACCCCCCGGGAAGUUGUGGACCAACAGGUGGAGGAGGAGGGGGUGGGUUCAGUACAGUUGGUAGAUUAGUCUUUUGACUAUGAAGACAACCUGGAAUACACUGGUUCCAAAGCAGCCCAUUACUGCUGAGGACAACUAAAAUAUUGAACUUUGUCAGAUAUUGUACCAAGUUUUGAGACUUGAUCUUUGUUCAAAAGCUAAUGUUGGGGUUUGGUUUUUUUUUUUUGGUUCUGUUUUGAAAUAAAUAAGCGCAUAAUGGAAAAAAAAAACUACCUCUUAAAAAUUCAGUUGCUUUUAUAGUAAGAGAUGCUUGCCCAAAAGACAGAAAAUAGAGAUUUUUAAGUAGUUGCUAACGACACUGCAUUAAACUGAACAGACGCACUUACAUCUGUUUCUAUUGUCCUCAUCCAUGGAAUGAAGAAAGUUCAUUUUUUACUCUGGUGUUGCUUUAUGUGGAAAUCCUUUCAGAUGGUCUAACCUGCAUACAUAAUCUCUCACCCCCACUUAUUUACAAAUCCGGUACCUUUCUGGAUUUCUAGAGAUGAUGCAAUUUAUAAUGAAGGCAAUAAUUUAAAUGUGACAUGAUACAGUGCUUUUCAGAUUAGAAAUUAUUCAAUGUAUUUCCAGUAUAAAUGUAAAGAAUUAAAAAUAAUUUAUAAAUACUUGCUAAGUUGUUUUCCAAAAGAUUGCAUGUUCUGUAGGAACAACGUUUUUAAAUAGAAAUUACUAACUUUGUAGCAUUUCUAAUUGUUUUGAGGGUUUUAAAAUUAUUUCAGGGAAUAUAUCUGCUAUAUAUUGGAAAGGAAGAGAUUCUGUAUGUGCCUUGCAGUACUGUAAUUUAAAAUGAACUUUCUGAGGCUGCAGAAAAGGGGAAAAAAUAUUGAGGUUUUUUUAUCAGUAUUAGAAAUCAACACACUUAUAGAAAGCUGUUAGGUUUCCAGAAGUAAAAAUCUGGUAGUUUGAAAUGCAGUAAGUUUGUCUGUUAUUUUUGAUUCAAAAAAAUAUACCUAGUGAUCUAUAACUUGCGUGGCCUGCGUUGUGAAGAAAAAAGCUGGUCAUAAAUACCGAGCUAUGCUUGUGAAAUCACAGAGGGGCUGCCUGUCCUGAUCCUUGCAGAGGAUCUGUGCUUCUAGCAGACCUUUGAAAUUUUGCCUUCUCAUUUUGCUUGUAGUGAGAAGUUUCUGGUGAGUUGAGGUUUUCACUUUGCAGAAGACCACAAUGAUGCUGUCUAUGGGGCAGCGUUUGCUUUUUAGGCCAGCAGAGGUUGAGGAACUACUCUUUCAGUCUUGGCAGAAAUAGCAACUUUGUGCAAUGAGGAUAAAAGAAGUAAAGGAGUUGCACUGAUGAAUCUGGUGAUUAAUUCUUAACUUGAAUAAUCUUAUAGUGAAGUGUAAAUUUUUAUUUAAAGUAUUUUUACAAAUUUCUGCACUGUUUUGCUGUGGUUUUAUAUUCUACUAGGUGACAAAGUGCAUCCUUAAAAAGCAUGCAAACCUGGCAGGUGUUAGCUUAACUGUACAAAAUAAACAAAUUUCUUAAGAAAAUGCCUUUAAAAAGCAUAAGAUGAGAAAAAUUUAACCUUGUUCAUAUGAUAUAAAAUAUAUGGAGUUUAGUCUGAAAGGUAACUUAGCUUGCAAACUAUUUUUAUAUUAUCACUAAAACAAUGUUGCUUCCUCUGCUACAGAUUCACACGUUACUGCUCAAGAAAGCUGGAGAGCUCGCUUUAAUUUCUUUAAUAGUUUCCAAGCUUUGUUUGGUACCUCGGCUCGGAGCUCUGCUUUCAUUGCUGUCUCAGUUGUAGGUCUCUGAGCUGGGGGUUCAGCUGGGGAAAUGUGGAAUGUGAUGAGACUGGCGUGAAGACUGUUCUCAUUUCAUUGGGCUUGGAUGAGGUUUUCUUGAAAGCUCACUUCGCCUUGAAAUUCUAUAACUUCCAGUCUAAGAGAGUUGGUUUUUUUAUUGCCUUUUAGGCUUCUCUGCCAAUUAGCUCUGGUUUUAAAAUGUUUUGUAUGAUAGGUUAAUUUGGCUUUCCUUUCCCAAAUUAUGAGCUGUCUACUGUUUGCUUUACAAUGGGAGUAUUUUGUCUCUCUGUAUUAAUUCACUGUUCAUUUUAAAACACUAGUAAGUAGAAGCAGGGGCAAGUGGGUUUGCUCUAUAUGAAAACAUAGUUUUGUAAAGGUCAGUUUUGUUUUUAUGUUCUCAUAGUAAAAAUACAAAUUAUGUAGCCUACCUAAAAAUAACAAACAGUAUGAGUUUUGUAUACCUAUUGUACUAAAUUUAUUUCAUGGUCUCUUAGAAGGCUUUGUACACCCUUGUUUGCCUGAUCUAAAUUAGGUGUUAAAUAUGGCUGUUUUAUAUGUGAGUAAUGCCAAUAGGGUUGGAUCUCCUUAGGUAUAAAAUGAUGGUGUGUCUCAAACUGAAAAUAACUUGUUUCUUUCCACUUGUUGACCUUUGUUGACAGAAUCACAGAAUCUUAGGGAUUGGAAGGGACCUCGAAAGAUCAUCUAGUCCAAUCCCCAACUGUUGACACGGUUACUUUGGGUUUUACAAAUUGAUUUUUAAAGUUCACAAUACCUACUUGCAAGCCUGCUUGCUGACCUGACAACCAUCAUAGGCUGAUUCAUGCCUAACAUGGAAGGUUUUGAUCAGACUAGUGGAAGUGGAGAAGUAUUUCACACUAAAAUAUACAUCUGUUGUCAUUGUUUACAGUAGUGGUGUUGCAUGCUUCUAUCUUCUGGACAUAGUGUGAGAGAACAGUGUAUAUAUGGUACUUGAAUUUCUGUUGCCUGUGGAUGAAUACUGGUUGGUUUGUUUAUUGAUGUUUUUGGCUCCAUUCUUACUUCGUUUUCCCUCUAAAUUGAAUCAAUACAAAGACACAAAAUAUGUAACGCUGUUUCUGAAGCUCAGGUUUUUUGUUGUUUUCUUUCAUGAAGGAUACACUAUUGUGCCAAAUUCAAGGUUGGUAUGUCUCUUAAAAUCCUAUUUCCUUUUAACAAGAGAUUGUCUUUUGGUUUUUGUUUUAAUGUUUGGUGGAGUUGUAUUGAUAUUCUUCCAUACGGUUCAUUUUGUACAGUUUUUUCGUGUGGAGCAUUACAAUGGAUUGCGGUGAAUGUCAUCCUUGUAACAAGUGAUUACAGUGUCUAAACACUGUUUUUCUAGGAUCAGGAGAGAAAGGGCUUCUUUGGAUAACUAAAGUCACAACUUCUGGGUUGCUCUUUUUUCUUCAUUUCUUUUCGCCCUUGUUCCGUAAUCUGGAAAGUUAAAUAAUAUUCUAUCUUCCGUAUACUCUGGAAGUUUAGUUUUGUGGGUAAGCCUUUUUUUUUUUUUGUUCUUUUUUUACACUCUGUAGCAAUAAGGUUGUUUAUGGAGUCAGAAUACUACUGUGGGGUUUUUUUGUAUUAGUGACAGGUGAGGGGCAGAAGCACUCUGAGCUAAAGGAGUGGUAGAACAACAGCAAGUGGGUAUGAAGGUUCUGUAAAUAAAAAUUUAGGUUAGAAACAAAGUUCCUAGUUACUAGAACUAAUUCUGAAACAGCCUUCCAGGCAGAGAUCUGCUUUGAAGAAAGAGCCAUGUUUAUCUGUGAAAGAAUUUAAAUGCAAAGUGGAGUCUGAAUAGUAGGCAACUAGUCUUUAUAAACGGGAGGUCAGGUCUAGUCCCUUCUUAGAGGUAGGCUCUUCUGUUGGGCUUCCCAUCUUGACACACUGCCAUUUUUUUGUUUUAAGGCUCAAAGAUUUAACAUGUAGAUGAAGGGAAUAUUGAACUAGGAUCUAACAACAACAAAAGUUGACUGCUCAAUUUUGGGUGUUGUUGGUCUCUGAUGUAGUGGAGAGUGGCAUAAAAAUGAUUGCGUUAUAGAAAGUGAAAGCUAGGAAGACCUGUGAGCCAAAGAAAUGUGCUCAAUUUCUAACGUGAGGGUGAUUACCCUGAUAACAACCUGCUAUGAGAUGUAGUGGGUUGUAAUACUUGAAAUACUUCGUAGGCUGUAAUCAAAUGUAAAUCAUUGGAGUUUUUCAGUGGGCAAGUAAAUAACCUGUGAUCUAAACAAGGGGUUGGAAUAUAUUAUCUUAAAAGCUUUCAUGUUCUCUGCAGCCAGUCAUUAUAGGUCUAGCUUAAUCUGAAAUCACAGCUAUGAGUAAUGUACUCUUCAAUUACAUAGGUGUCAGGCCAAAUGUAACAGUUGAGAACUGAAAAUUGUGUGGCACCGUUUGGCUUGUGUACCUACACAAGUCCUACCUUCUGCAUGGACUUCAGAGCUAGUGAGUAUCCUUCUUUCAGCAAGUGGGUGAAGGAGACUUGGCCUGUGAUCAGGGUGCUGACUGUGAUGUGUGGUGUAGCACCGGAUUACCACACAUGCUUUUUGGUUUUCUGAACGCACGUGCAUACCUCCAUUCACUGUGAGUCUUGCUUUUGCUUGAAUUAAAGUAUCCAGAUGAAAGGGAAAACAAAAAACUAGCCAGAGUGAAGCAGAGAUGAACAUUUUAAGAUACGAUAUACUGCUUUCUUAUUUAGAAACAGAAGUAUUUUUUCUAGGUCUGCUGGAUUCUAGGCAAGUGUGUGUUUUCAGGAUACACAUUCCUUGUUCCUUUUCUUUCCAGUGCAGGUAAAAUUUUUAGGCAUCAGUUGUAAAAGUGCUGGGAUAGGCACGUCAAAAUGCACAGCCUGCCACUGCUGCCUUGGCAAACAGCAUCCUACCACAUGCGCUGAAACGGCGGGUUACUUGCUGGCUGGUUUCCUUGGACACUAAGGGGAAGAGCAGCUGUAGCCUGUGACCUGUGCCUUGCUGGCUGGCUAUUUGGUACCUUCACCUUCAUCUGCAUCUGUGGGUGGCCAGAGGCAGUCACCUUGGGGUGCUGCAUCAGCUCCUGUCUCUGCAGCAGUGGCUGCAGGAGAAAUCUGAGGUGUAACAUCCAGCCCCACCGUUCAGGUGCUGGCUCAAGUGGGGCAUGGUCCCCAGCCCCCUCGGUGACACCUCUGCGCCCAGAGUGUGUAACUGGGGCAGCACUGACAGAGACAGGCACCUGUGGCCAGCAGCUCGCAGAGCUCGGGUGGUUGCACAUGGAGUUGGUGCGUGGGAAAGCAAAAAACCAAACCUGUCAAUGCGCAAACGGGAAAUAUGCUGCUGAGGAGAAUGUUUCAGAUUGACAUUGAAAACUGGAUUCAGCAACAGGAUAUCUGAUUACAGCUAACAGCUGUAGGAUCAUACAGCAUCCUUGAGGCCAGUGGUCUCCACACUUUCUUCGAUUGCACACCCCUAUCAGUAAAGUCUUUUAAGUGUGUGCACUCAAUAUAUGUAUAUUUAUUUAUAAAUGAUAUGUGUACUACUGUCCUAAUAUAUUAUGUACAUACAUAAGAGUAGAAAUUUUCUGAUAAAGUAUGAGGUGAAGUAAACACUAUUUUUAAAUUAUUUAAAAUUUUGUUUAUUAAUAGCACAAAAAAUACUUUGAUCCUGCAUCCAGAUGGAUUGUCUUGCACACCCACUGGGUUGCACACACCUCGCUUUGGAGACCAUUUCUCCAGGCUGUAGUCUUGAAAAAAGUGUUUUAACUUGAUGGGAACAGCUAUCAAAAUUGACCUAUUCAUAGUAAUGCUUAAUUUUACUCAGUAAAUUAGACUGUUAUUACUUUAUGCUGCAUGACCAUUUUUUGGAUCUGUGUUCAUUCUGAGUUCUUAUAAAAUUUGGUGCAAGGGCUGUGAACUAUUUCACGAUUUGUUUUCCUACAGUGUGUGUUAAAUGAUAUAAAAAGAGGCAUCAGCCUUAAGUGGUUUGCAGAGAUUCUGAGGGAAGGGCAUAUCCCUUGCCAAACACAGGAGUGUGUUAGUACUUGGCUUUAAAGGUUGGUACCAUCUUUCAAUUGACUUGCCCCUUCCCAAGUGCUCUCUAAAGAAUUAUAAUAUUUAGUGCUCAACUUCUUAAAAUAAUGUUAUUUAAUUUUUUUGCUGUAUCUUUCAUGGUGUUUGUUUUGCUGAACUACAGACUACACAAUCUUGAAGUCAUGUUUGUGAUAUGCUGGUUCUUAAAUCUCGUUGUUGUAAACUGGCAUAAAUAUUUAAUAGCAUUUCAUAUCAGUUUUUAAAAAUGGCUGGGGCAAAUGACUGUUUUACUGUACACAUGUCAGACUGCAUCAAGGAGUCAAAAUACAAUUUUUAAAUGCCUCAGAAGGUGUCUGGAAGUACCUGCGUUUUUAUGUGUUUGGCUUGAGUUGAAAGAUAGAUGUUCAAGUCAAAUAUAGUAGUGAGGUUUUUUGUCAUUGUCAAUUAUUUCUGUAAAUCUCAGCUUGAAGGAUCACACACAAAAAUGUGGAAAAUAAGUCCAAGCAGAGAACUCUUAAUGAGCCAAAUAGAUGUAGAGAACCAAGUGUUGGCAGUAGCUGGAUUUCAUCUGUAUUUCAGUUACAGCCAUAUGACGAUGUUUCAUUUGAGUUGUCUUCUCAGCUGAUGUUAGCAAAACUUACUAGUUUUCUUUAGGGGAGAGGGCAGUCUUCAUUGAAAUGUUUCAAGUGGAAUCAAAGCGUAACCCAAACCACUCUCGUUAAACGUUUGUCAAAUUCAGAUCCAUCACUUGUUGCUGAACUCCAACUGAGAAUGAACUGUAGAGCACACCGAUUUUCUUUUUUGUGUUCUUAGUGGAGAUGAAGAAAAAUCUGUAAACUUGGCAUGGGAGGGUGUUUUGGUUUCUGGGGUUUUGGUUAGUUAUCUGCCAAAGUUGUUUGUUUGGGUCAAGAAUGUUACUUAAAUCUGCAAAGGUGAAGUACCUCCAACUUGUGCAAUCACUGAAGAACAUAAUCAUUGGUUAAAAUGCAGCAGUUAUCAAUAAAAAUGGAAGUUACUGCACAGAAACAUUCAGGCCUCCUGUAAAUAAAGACAAGGUUCUCUGAGGCUGUUUUCAACUUGUGUAUUUCUCUUCAAGAUCUCCCAGACUGCAAGCUGAAAGGAUGUUUGGGGGGUUUGCUUGUUUUUCUUUACUGCAAGAAUACCUAGGAGACUCAAACAAUUAACAGGCUGGUUAUAAUUGGUAAAUUACUCCUGGGUGGUGAAUUGUGUGGGAGGGAAAGGAAAAGUUUGAGCUGCCCUUAAAAUGUGUAGUUUGAAGUUGUCUGCUCUAGUUGGGUGCCUACACCUCCCUCUGCUGCCUUUAUGUGGUUUUGGGAUUGAGCUUGGUGCUGUGUGUGAGGAUGAAGUCAUGGGAACCUCCCCUUCAUCCAGGACCUUAUUCAGACUAAUUGAAGAUCUGUUCCUGACCUGAGCUCUUUCAGUUUUUCUUUAGGUACCUUGAACCUCCUAGCUGCCAAGGUAAAGGACAGGUCAAGCUUUAACAUAACAAAGGACCUAACAGUAAUUUUUUUUUAUUUUUAAAGCUUUGAUUUCAAUAGGAGCUGCUAGUUCUUGGCUAUGCUGCAAAAUCCUAGGGCUGCAAGAGGUGUCUCCUACUGAUGAGACCAUGAAAAGAGCAGCUACGCAGAAUUCAUUGGGGAAAGGAAUUGGCCGUGGUGUAAACAGCAAUUAGAUGGAUUAUUUCAUUAUCUGUGUUUGUCUGCUGCAUUUUGCACUGAGGGAUUGAAGAGAAUGGAAACAUGUAUGAGGAUAAUAAGCAAUAUGAAUCUCAGGAUGUGGAAUAGGACACAAACAGGCUUCAAGUAGCUAACUUCUUAAAAGCAGUUACUGAUGUUUCUGCGGGAGGAGGAUCAGUUCCUGGCAUGGGAUCCUGGGGGCUGUGUCUGUGAUCUUGCGUGGCAGCCUACAAGAGCGCUGCUGCUCCCGUGCUUUUGUGGGCUGUGCUACAGUGGAAGGCAAAUAUGGAAACACUCAAAUUGCAUUAGUAGGCUAGGCCUGAAAUGGACCCUCUGUUCGCAGGCCACAGACUUCGGUGUAGUCAGAUGAAGAACGUUUCCUUUAGUCCCUGAUAUGGAAAAGCAGGGUGUUUCUUUCUGGAACUUUUCAUUUUCCUGGGUGCAAAUCUAAUACGACGUUUGUGUGUUGUGAUCAGUAUUUCAGUUGUGAAUGCACCAUGUAAAGCCACAAACUGGGAGAAACUUCACGCUUACUUGACAAAGCUGCUUUGAAACUCAGAGUCAGUUCAUAUUUAUCUUGGUCCCUUUUUGUGCUAAGGGUGUGCUGAGCGGGAGAGACCAGGAUGGACUGUAGAGCAGCAGCUCUUUCACAUUCCCUAGCCCACAUUCUGGGAAUGAGCAUGAAUGCUCAGCUUUGGAGAGGAUUUGGUGAGAGUAAAACAACCAGGGGAUUUUUAAAAAGAGGAAAGAAAACCUGGGAGGAAACGUGAGCAAGAGCUUCAGAGUGCGUGAAUUUCGUGCUUUUUUUCAGACCAAGGAGAUGAUGUUUAAAGAAAACCUUACCAACUUCACCUGUCAUGUAUACAUACAGAAAAAUCAUGUAGGAAAAGGUAUAGCGAUAAUCUGGUCAUGGUAGUUGCCACCUAUUUGUGUUUCAUUAUAUGACCUAAGCUGAUGCCUUAGCCUCCUAUCCAUCUGCGCUAUAUUCAAGCAAAUUUGGACAAAAGCAAAUAUUUGGGGGUUUGUCUUUUUAACUUAUUCUUUGGAGAUAGCUCCUUAAUUUUUUCCAGAUAACUUUUCUGCCUGAAUAUUCUCCCCCUUUUUUUUUAAAGGACAAUGCGUAGCCUCUGAUAUAAAAAGGUGUGCAUGUAAUAGGAUGUCAUUAAUAGCCUUAUCCCUGAUAUCUCCUUAACCCCACAAUUUUUUAGGAUAGAUAUUCUCCUUCAGGUCACUGGGACCCAGCAAGAUUCUUCUCUUUACCCCCCUCCUACUCUAAGUGCCUUCAUUAAAAACUGAGAAGAUGCAGCCAGACACUCACUGGCUAAGGGAAACUGCAGAAUCACAAGGCAGAGAAAACUGUAAUUUUGUCAGAUUUCUCCCCAGGUCUGCAUUCAAUAGUGGUUUUCACCAGUUCUGCCCUGUCCAUCUGACAACUCUUUCUUUUAUCUUAUUCGUCCCUGAACAGAUUGUGGAAUAAAUUAUCAUGAUACUUAUGAAAUAUUUCCUGCUGUGGCAUCAUCCGUGUUGUGUUUUUCCUCUUCCCGUUCCCUUUCCCCCUCCUCAUGCCCCUUGCAGCUGCCUUGUUGACUCAGAUGCUAAACUCUCCAGUACACAGGCUAUCUAAUGCACUGCAUGGAUGUUGGUACAGGGCUGUACGUAAUAGUGUUUCUUUCUUGGUUACCUUUUAAAUGCUACUGUAAUAAACUAACUUUCUAAAUGUAUCUGAAAAAUUAAACAACAAAAAUGCAAUUAAAAGACUUAAAAUGAACUACUGCAUCUACAUAACCUGACAUGACUUUCUGUAAAGCCUCCGAUUUGCAUGUAAAAAUUCAGGCAAAUAGCUGUUACACUGAAAAAUUUUGUGUUUCUUCAACCCUUUAAGAACUGAUGAGAAAUCAGUGUGCCCACUGGUAGAAGGAAGUAGCACAGUGGUAGGUGCGCUUUAUGUAUUUGUAGAUAACUGCAUUACUAAGAGGUUCUCACAAAGGCCAAUCACUACUCAUUUUUAUUGAAAGGUUUGUGGUGCAGGUGCUUGAACCAUCAAGGCUUCAAUGCCAAAUCAGGUGUUCUGUGUUUGGCUCUGAGUAAUGCUGAACCACAGGGCAGCACAACCAUUCUGGUGCUGGUGGGGCUCCAUGAGGCAGUGUUGGCUGGAGGGAACAGCAAAUUAUGACUCUCUUCAUUCAGUUGGAGCCAAUGGGGAGGGGGCUGCGUUGCAGAAAUGGUGACACUUGUUUUUUUCACCUGGAAGUCACAGCAAACUCGGCCUGCCAAGUAGAAGUCUGCUCCGUAUUGGUAGGGUUUGAAAAAGUGAUGAAGAAAGUUUUGUGAUUUCUAAAUGCAUUACUACUUUUGAAGGCAGAAGAACUUCUGAAAUUGAACUUCUCAGUUGUUAGCUGUAAAUUCAUUUGUGCAUAUUGAUGUAUUAUGUGAAGAAUAGGAAGGAAUAUUUCUGAUUAAAACUAGAGUGACUCAAAUAUUCUUGUAUGGUCUUGCCUGGUUUAUAUCCAAUUGACCUUCAGAUACCAGAUUUGCAGCUUCAGCUGUGUUUUGGUUUUGAGACUUAUGUACAUCCUUUGCACUUCAGUGUAAGGUUUUAACUUGCUUUGAGUAGUAUAAGGUUUUAUAAAUGUAGUCCAAAUGUUAUAAUUCUAAAAACCAGUGUUUUUACACCACUUUGUUAAUGAGGUCCCCGAUGUUAAUUUUGGAGUAAUUAUGUGUUUAUCCAGUAGAGAGCACUAAUGACACUGCUAUCUUUUGACAUUCCCAUCAAAUUAUUCGGUGUUGUCUUGGAGCACUGUGCAAUGGGGGGCUGGGUUGGGACUGUAGGGUUCUCUCCAACUCAGCGCAUGGCUGAAGCUCAGCUAUAAGUAGUUUGGAGGAAAAUAACAUGAAGCAGGAGUCUGCAGGAAAUGCUAAACUAUUGUUUACCUAUGGUUUGGAGUUGCAUCCAUAGUCCAGUCUCUCCUUUGCGUUAAAUAGCCAAGUGAAGGCCUUUAAUGUGCAAGUUGCUCAGCAUCCCUCUUUGAGUGGCUGCUGCUAGGACUGUCGGGAUAAAUGGCCGACUGCUGGUGCUACAAGUACCUUAAAGGUCAAUGGUAUAAUCAAGGUGGUUCUUGGCUCUUUGUAUGUAGGCAAAAUCCUAUUAGCAGUGGCUAAAAACCCUUUUUGUUAAUAAUCUUUCAGUGUCUGUCUUUGCUUCAGAGCCAAGACUAUGAGAUAGUUUAUUGAAGCUGAAAUUGUAGUCUCAUGGGUGGUGUAGCAUGAAUAAGAGAGACUCACUUGUCUUUAAGAUGUAAAAUAGAGUUUGUUGCCAGCAGUUUAAAAAUAAUAAUCCGUUUACUAUGUUAGAAAACUGUAUUUUCUUAUCGGCUCCAUCUAAACAGACCCAUAAAACCAGAUUCAAAAUAACUUUGGGAGAGUAUCUCACAUUUGUGUCCUGGGUAAAACAUCUCUCACCAUGCUGCCAAGCAAUCUGAGUUUUCUCAUGAUAGCUCAGUGAACUGCUAACCUCGCCUAUGGAGUGUGAAGGUGCUGCUUGGAGGAGAAAAAGGUGUUUGAAUUGUCCCUUAGGGUCACAGAAGAAUUUUAGUUAUGUGACCAGUGUAAAUUAAUCUUCCUAAAUACACAGGUAAUGUGAAACAAUCACCCUGAGAAAAGCGUAAGUUAUACUAAUUCAUCUCAGUCUUGGACUAAUUCAAGAAUAACUGUCUGGAGACAAUACCUUUAUUACAUUGUUUGUAAGGGCUUAAAGAAAAGCCACAGCCACAGUGAAGCUGAGGAUAAACUUUUAGUAUUACCUCUAGGUUUAUGGUAUUGAUGUUUGGUUUGAAUUUGGUUUAUGAUACCGCAGUAUUAUUUCGGAAUAAACUCCCAGGUUUUAGCCUUGUCACUCCUAAUAGAAAAUACUAUAUCCAACACAUAGGGAAAAGAUCUAAGCAAAAGUAAGAUAAUCUGUUCUGUAAGUCAGAGCUAAUGCAUUUCUUUGUUCAGUUGGGAAAAAUACAUGCUUACAAAGAUCCUAAUUCCUUUAACAUCCUUGACUAAUAAUAAACCAUUCCUAGCUACAGCUGGUAUACUUGUUGGGCAGCGAUCAGCUAGCAAGUGCCAUUCCAGCACACUGUUUCAACCAAAAAUUGGUCAUCUAAAUAAACUAUGUGACUUACGUAACGAAAAAAAAAA